AAGCUUCAUUGUCAACGUUUCGGCGCGUGGGUGGGGAGCUCCAAGCCCCCGAAUGUUUGCAUUUGAAUGACGAAACAACGGCUGAGUAGUCAGUCGGUCGAAAGAAAAUCCAUAAAUUGAUUAAAGUGCGCGAUAUUGUUCGUAAAAAAAUAGUGGAAAAUAUUGUUAUAAUAGAAAACAUUCAAAAUGCUGCUCCCUGCGGCUAACUCGGCAAGUCCUAACAACUGGCGACGUCUCUGGGAAAUGCUUAUGUCGCCCAUAACACCAAGAAAUCUGCGCACAACAGCGCUUCUGACGAGCAUCUACCAACUGCUCAUCGCGCACUGCAUUCUAUUCCUGGUAUUACUGUGCCUGGCGCAUGCCGAACAAAUGCGUCACCUAUUGGAUCUGGACAUUUUGGAUCAGAAGGAUAAUGGCUUCUAUAAUAUGUCGCCGUUUCACAACGAUGUGCGGCUACGCAGUGCAUCCGAAUUGGCAGAUGCUACCGAGAAUGCAUUGUACGUACUGUCCGCUCUAACUGGGGUCUACGCGCUCGCUGCCAUAGCCCUCUUUAUUGGCGUCUAUCAGAAUCGUCCGGGACUCAUCAUUCCAUGGCUGCUGAUUGAAUUUUUGGGCAUGAUUGCCGCAGCAGUGUUAAUUUUCAUGCUAAAGGAUACCAAGUUGCCGCAAAUCUUUGGUGGACAGACUUUCUAUUUUGUGAUCUGCUAUUCGCUGGUCUGCAUGGAUGGGUUCAAGUGGUACGUCAUGCAUAGCUUUUACCAGAGUCUGCGCACCAUGAAUAAACUACGAGAGAUCGCUACCGUGGCCAUUCCCUGCCCAGCACCGGGCGCUAUACCCUAUCAUUUUCGACGUGAGCACAUGAGCAAUGGAUAUAAGCACAUUUUAACCGACUCACCCGAUGGCCAGUGUUAGAUCAACUACCAGCGCCUCAUCUGGAUUAUAGCUACGAUCCCCAAAACUACUUACUAUCUACAACUUCCAGCAUGAAGUGUCUUAAAUUUUUUUUUUUUCGUCUCACUCGGCAAUGAAUCUGUUUUACUUAUCGCUUUUAGCAUGCAUAGUACAUAUAUAUUUUCUUGGAACGUGUGUGAUAUGGGAAUAACAGAGAAUACUAUUUUGUGUAAUUUGCAUGAUUUUUAGAUAAUUACAUACAUACAUAUAUACAUAUACGUAUGUAUGUAUAUAGUAGUAAGUACUUGAACGCAAUUAAAGUGAGGCAUAUAUACUCGUACAUACAUAUUUAGGAAAA